AUGCAGAGGCCCAGAGACCUGGGCCAGGGCCAGGAGUGGGUCUGCAGGCCCUUCACCCACGUCACCUGCUACCCGAUGGCUGUCCCCAGGCCCUUCACCCACGUCACCUGCUACCCGACGGCCGUCCCCAGGCCCUUCACCCACAUCACCUGCUACCCGACGGCCGUCCCCAGGCCCUUCACCCACGUCACCUGCUACCCGAUGGCUGUCCCCAGCACCCUCACCCACGUCACCUGCUACAUGAUGGCCAUCCCCAGGCCCUUUACCCACAUCACCUGCUACCCAAUGGCCGUUCCCAGCACCCUCACCCACGUCACCUGCUACCCGAUGGCCGUCCCCAGGCCCUUCACCCACAUCACCUGCUACCUGAUGGCUGUCCCCAGCACCCUCACCCACGUCACCUGCUACCCGAUGGCCGUCCCCAGGCCCUUCACCCACGUCACCUGCUACCUGAUGGCUGUCCCCAGCACCCUCACCCACGUCACCUGCUACCCGAUGGCCGUCCCCAGGCCCUUCACCCACAUCACCUGCUACCUGAUGGCUGUCCCCAGCACUCUCACCCACGUCACCUGCUACGUGAUGGCCGUCCCCAGGCCCUUUACCCACAUCACCUGCUACCCAAUGGCUGUCCCCAGCAUCCUCACCCACGUCACCUACUACAUGAUGGCCGUCCCCAGCACCCUCACCCACGUCACCUGCUACACGAUGGCCAUCCCCAGGCCCAUCACCCAUGUCACCUGCUACACGAUAGCUAGGAUGCAGGCCCACGGAGGCGUCCUGUGCCUGUCCCUGGGUCACCUCAACGCUGACGGAGAGCUGACCCCCUCGUCGAGCAGGGCCUGGAAGCUCCUGGCAUUGCAGGAGGGUGGGGCCCGGCUCCCUGACCUCCUUCGGUUGUUCCCAGCGCCCGUCCCCGAGAACGACCUGGUGGGCAUCGUGGGGGGCCACAACGCCCCCCAGGGGAAGUGGCCGUGGCAGGUCAGCCUGAGGGUCUACAGCUACCACUGGGCCUCCUCGGCGCACAUCUGUGGGGGCUCCCUCAUCCACCCCCAGUGGGUGCUGACUGCCGCCCACUGCAUUUUCCGGAAGGACACCGACCCGUCCACCUACCGGAUCCACGCUGGGGACGUGCAUCUCUACGGGGGCCGGGGGCUGCUGAACGUCAGCCGGAUCAUCGUCCACCCCAACUAUGUCACUGCUGGGCUGGGUGCGGAUGUGGCCUUGCUCCAGCUGGUGAGCCCCGUGAUCUGUGCCGCUAAUGUCAGGAUGGUCAAGCUCUCCCCGGUCUCGCUGGAGCUCACCCCGAAGGACCAGCGCUGGGUGACUGGCUGGGGAGUGAUCAGGAUGUUCGAGUCGCUGCUGCCGCCCUACCGCCUGCAGCAGGUAAGUGUGCAGGUGCUGGAGAACGCCGUCUGUGAGCAGCCAUACCGCAACGCCGCAGGGCACACUGGCGACCAGCAGCCCAUCCUGGAUGACAUGCUGUGUGCCGGCAGCGAGGGCCGCGACUCCUGCUACGGUGACUCCGGCGGCCCUCUGGUCUGCAGGCUGCGGGGGUCCUGGCGCCUGGUGGGGGUGGUCAGCUGGGGCUACGGCUGUACCCUGUGGGACGUUCCCGGCAUCUACACCCACGUCCAGACCUACGUGCCCUGGAUCCUGCAGCAAGUCGGGGAGUUGCCCUGAGCAGGCCGGGCUGGGCUCCCACCUGGGUCGGCUGAGGAGGGACCAGGACCUUCCUCCUCCCAGCGAUCUCCGCUUCGGCCUCCGCUGCAGGCCACCGGCUCGAGCCCGGCUUCUCUGGCUCCUCAGCGCCCAGGACCUCCCUGAUGCCGGGGUGGGGAAGGGGCCGGGGAAGGGAGGGUGGGGGCCUCGCUGCGUCUCUGUCUGAUUAAAG